UUAGAAAUUACAACCAUGAAGAACGAGGAACUUGCUGAAGAACAAAAUGCGGGAAAAGGAUUAACGAAAAGUCAUGGUGGGCUCGGAAUCAGACAUCUGCAAGUGUUUCUGCUUUUCUUAGGAAUGGUAAUUGGAUACUGUCUUCGAGUGAGCAUAUCGGUAGCUGUUGUUGCAAUGACAAAUGCUAAUUCAUUCGAGGUAUUCCCUUGGGACAGCAUACAACAGUCAACGAUCCAAAGUGCAUUCUUCUGGGGCUACACCAUAAUGCAAAUACCAAGUGGCUAUAUAGCAGCGUAUUGGAGCGGUCAAAAGUUACUCAGUGUUGGAUUAUCGCUUUGCGGAAUUUUGCAAAUUCUGACACCGAUUGUCGCACAUUAUGGGGGUUACAUUAGCGUCUGCGUUUGUAGGGCAGGCAUAGGUCUCUGUCAGAGCUGCCUUCUACCCUGUGUACACACUCUUCUUUCCAAAUGGGCACCCCCGACUGAACGUGCACGACUCGCAACAUUCGCUUAUGCUGGAGCACAAUUUGGUACCGUGAUUUGUUUUCCAAUUACCGCGCAAUUAGCAGUGUCAAGUGCCGGUUGGCCGUCAAUAUUUUACGUGUUUGGAGCUUUAUCGAUACUGUGGGGAGCUGCAUUUUUCAUUUUUGGCGCGGACAGCCCCGCUAACUUCUCGCGAAUAUCUGAAAGAGAAAAACGGUACAUUGAAAACAGUUUUGCCGCCGAAGAGCACGAAAAGUCGGAUACCGGAAAGAAUUUGUUAAAGACGUUGAGUACACCAUGGAAAGCCAUAUUCACCUCGGUACCGAUGUGGGCGCUUAUAAUCGUGCAUUGUGGUCAAAAUUGGGGCUAUUGGACACUCGUAACGGAAUUACCAACUUACAUGAACGAUGUCUUACACUUCAAACUUUCAGAUAGCGGUUUACUAUCUGGUCUGCCUUAUUUGGUAAUGUGGCUGUUAAGUUUCCCAGUCUGUUGGUUGGCUGAUUAUUAUUUAGAGAAAGGCGUCUCAAAGGGACUAAUUAGAAAAUCCUGCAACACGAUGGCACAUUGGGGACCAGCGAUAGCUCUAAUUAUCUUUGCUUCAUUAUCGGUCGAUGAUCCUGCUAUAGCUGUAACUUUCCUUGUAGUAGCUGUAGCAUUAAAUGCUGGCUCUCUGUGUGGAUUUCAAAUUAAUCACAUCGAUCUAAGUCCAAAUUUCGCCGGAAGAAUGAUGUCUAUUACAAAUUGCAUUGCGUCUGUGAUUGCAAUAAUCGCGCCGAUCAUCUGCUCCGUGAUCGUGAGCCAACAGGGAAAUCCGAAGCAAUUAUGGAAUAUAGUAUUCUUCUUGUCCGCUGCAAUAUAUAUCCUUGGAAAUUUAGUCUUCAUCAUUUUCGGCAGCACUGAUAUUCAACCAUGGAACAAUCCCAAGGCGCAGAUUGAAAAAGAAAAUGAAAAGGAAUUGACGAUGGCAUGAAUACUCAAGGGCGUGUGCAUCACUUGUUAGCGUUUCAAGUAUUAUGCGAUAUAUGGUAUAAUAUAUUAGCUAAUUUCACGGAGGUAAUUAAGCGCAAAGUAUGAAGGACGAACAUUUUCGCACUCACCAAGUACUGCUCCUCUGUACACUCUUCUGUUCAGAAGCGAUCGUUUAUGUGAUUGAACCGGCUAAGAUAAUGUAAAAAGGCUGUGCUGUACAAAAAUAGAUAAUUACCAUCUAUAAUAAUAUUCUAUUAUACAUUUGCAAGGUACAAGGUUGUUUUCGCACUAUUCUAGUCCAAACGCGAAACAUUUGCCGGUCAGUUUCCGAAAUAAACAAGAGAGGAAAUGAAAGUGACUUCACUGCAAAUUAAAUUUGCAAGUAGGAAGUAAGAAAAUGAAACAUAUUUUCCUGAUUUUAUAUAUAAAGUUUAUAAUAAACUUUAUUGUAGACUGAACGAGAAGGUAAAAUUGUUAAGAAUCUAUUAGGCCAUAUUAUAAACAUAUCCUCUUUUUACACUAUAUUAAAUGAACAUCGAUAUUUUGUUAAAUAUGUACACAUAUACCUGUAUAUGUAUAAAUGUUUAAAACAAUGUUGUUCCUUCGAUCCUGAUCAAACAUUUAACAUAUGUAAUGUGAUACCUAUUUAGCCCCUUGUGCUAUUAUAACGAGUCUAAUUCGUAACGUGUUUUUCUUCCUAAAUCCCAUAAAGAAGAAUUACAAUCGUGUUAGACUAAAAUUAUAUUUAAGGUAUUUGAACGUGCGCAAAAUUUCUGCGAAUCCUAAAAAUCUUUGCAAUUUUAAAAUUUGAUCAAAUAAAGAUACAGCAGCUAAUAGAGAUGCAGCAGCUAAUAGAGAUACAGUGGCUAAUUGAAAAGAAAUUUUUUAAUGCACAGUUUCUCAUAAUGAAAUGAUAAUACAAGGGGUUAAAGGAAAGAUUAGGAGGUAGUGCAUAAGAAUGAAGGUUAAAUGCAAGGAUGUAUGAUAUGUUACAUGAAUUGAAAUAAGGAAAUGUGAUAAGCAUACAGUUGUAGAUAUUUAUGGCAUCUUUAAUGCUUUGCAAAAUAUUUGAAACGGUGAUGAUAAUUUUUAUCAUUUUUGCUGUACUUAAUUUUAUGACCUAACGUCAAUGGUUUCUAAGAUUGAAAUGCAAGCAAAUUUAAGUGCAAAAGAGUAAAUAGAAAAUUGAACGUUGAUUUCUGAAAUAUGUAUGUACUAUUUAUGGAAUGAUGUAACAUAAUUGAGAAGAGAUCCUAGCUACCUGAAUAAUUUUUAUUUGUAUCGUAUUUUAACACUAGAAAACGACUG